AUGGAUGUGAAGAUAAUCGCUUGCAUGCUUUUGUUUCUUGGAAUUAUAGAGGCUGCUGGUAAGCUAUAUUUUAAAUUCAAAUUUUAGUCUUACGUCGUGGUCAAACGAGAACGUAGUCACGUCACCGCAAGUCAUAUAGUUCAUUUUAUUAUAGCCUAUCAUCACUGAAAAGCCCUUUUUGGGGCAUGUUCAAUUAAUUUUCAUUUCCGAUUUUCAUUUCAUCGCAACUUCUGCGGCAUGGAAAACAUUAAGUUGCUCGAUCUGCUUGUGACAAAUCUGUUGAGAUCACAACCUAGCUUGUAGUAAGUAUGCUGCUCCUGUGACAUCUUGUGAACAGGUUUGAAACAAGCAGUGGGUUGGGUACAUAAUUGUAUUUUAUGAUUCGCUGUAUUCUGUCAAAGAUAUCUUCAAUCAUUCUUUUCCACAUUUUUUCCAGACAAAUGUAACACACCAAUAGAAAUUGCUGCAGUGGUUGACGUCUCUGAUAAUUUAUCACCCAGCAAUUUACCUGAUGUACAGAACUUCUUGAAAAGAGUAGCCAAUAUUUUUCACGUAUCAUCACAUGCAAGUCACAUGUCAGUUAUCUUGGCGGGAACACAAGUCCGUGUCGCAAUUGGCUUACAAGACACAGGUGCAAAUAGAAAUAAGUUUCCUAAAGCUGUGGACAAAUCUGUAAAACCAUUAGGAGGAGCUUGGAGCUUGGAUAGAGGUCUUAAACUGGUAAAGGAAGAUGUUUUCACUACCGAAAGUGGCGUACGGGAUUUUCUUCCGAAGGUUGUGUUCAUCAUUACGAAUGGAAAACAGAGCAACGGGGACAGUGAUGUUUUAGAGAGCAGAGCGAAGGAUCUUCAUGAUAUGGGCGUAUACGUGUAUGCUGUUGGUAUCGGUGAUGGGGUUUCACGUGAUGAGCUCGUGCUCAUGGUAAAGAAUGCGAGUGAACAACUCUAUCAGGUUGAUGGUUUUAAAGAUUUGGAUGGCUUGGCUGUAAAGAUUUCAAAUGACAUUUGCCAAAGAAAUUAUAUUGGUAAUAAAUACGAUUUAGUUGUAUAAGAAUUUUGUUCGUAUGCGUGUUUUCAUAAUUUGAGGCUAAGGCCAGGGUCAAACGUCGAACUUUUCAUGUGCCGAACUGACCUAAUGUUAGUGAGCUAAGUUCUUUGUUUCACUUCAUUUGCAUUAGCUUCGGCACAUGAAAAGUUCGACGUUUGACCGUGGCCUAAGAUUAAGCCAUUUCUAGAGCGCAAAUUUACGCGGUGUGGAUAUGAUCAAAUUCGCUUUAAACCAAGUAUUACACUUACCUAAUUACAUACUUGACCUAUAGACUAUUUUAUUUUUACAACAAUUGUGAUAUUACUUUCUUAACUGAGUUUAUCCUAAACCACGCUGUCAACUUUCCCUGUGGGAGGAAACCGGAGCACCCAGAGAAAACCCACGACUUUCGGCAGAGCGUUCACUCUUUUCACACCGGAGACCGUAGCGAGAAUCAAGAAACUUAGUUGAUGUCAUGAAAAGAACAAAAGUUCCUUUCAAGGAAGCAACAUUGUUUCCGAACAAUUUUAGAAACAGCUUUAUUUGUUUCCGUGUAAUUGUUAAACAACCACUGUUCCCCUGUACCACCACUGGUUUGCCCAGGGUUUAAACACGGUUUUUGUAUUUAUCUCUAUAGAUUCCUUAGCUGUUUGCAAAACUAAAGUGGAUGUUGGUUUCAUUGUGGACUCCUCAGGAAGUAUAAGCCGUACAGGAUAUUUAAAUAUUAAGAACUUUAUGAAAAGUAUUGCUGUAUACAUGGGAUUCAAACCUAAUAGAACUCAUGUUGGUGUAGUGUUAUACAGUAAGACAGCUGAAAUGUAUAGUAGGUUUGGUUCACAACAUACUAUGAGGAAAUUAUUUCGUAUCUUGUUAAAAAUGCCACAUCUUCAAGAUGUGACCCGUAUCGACCUGGGUCUUCAUAUUGCCGAUACUCAGCUAUUUACCACGGAAGCUGGUAUGCGUGAGGAUGUUAAGAAGAUAGCAAUAUUGUUUACUGAUGGGGAACAAACAACGGACGGUGUAACUGACUUGAUUCCACUCAAAGAAGCAGCGAACAAAUUGAAAGAGCGAGGCAUUGUUGUAUUUGCUGUUGGUAUUGGAAUGGGAGCAAGAAGAGGUCAACUUUUGGAAAUUGCGGGUAGCGGAGAAUAUGUGAUUAUGUUGGAGUCUUUCACUGAAUUGCAACAAAGUGCAAUUAAAAUAGCAACUUCCACUUGCCAACAAGUUGAAGGUAAGUCUAAUUUUGCCUAUUCCUGCUGUACUUCAAAUGAAGUUCGAAUUCUAUCCAUCUGACCAUCUCCCGUUGUUGUUGGUUCUUACGUAUUUCUUGUUGGUGGUACCGGUAAACAAAGGACAUAUUCGGCGCACACUAGAGCUGUUUCCGCAGCAGAAUUCACGUGCCAUUUGUGGCCUGCAAAAUCUUUAUCACUUAUUUACUGAGACCGAGGGAAACAGUGUGUUUUGUGGACCCGAGACCGUCGUUGUCGAGUCGAGGGGCCACAAAACACACUGCUUUCCCAAGGUCUCAGUAAAUAAGUGUUUUGUUAUAUAGUAUAUAAGUGUCAAAGUAUGAAUAAUUCGCCGGUGAUUGGAGUGAACUUAAAAGUUUGAAACCAAAACUGGAUAAAUGUAACGCCGUAAAUGUUUAGAAAAAAGUUUUAAAAAUUAACUUUGGGACUUCAUAGUUGACACGCAUGCGUAUUGCACCCAUUUUAUUAUUGACCGGUCAAUAAAUGUUUGAUUGCGGACCGGUUGCCGAACAUGACGUUUUGUGGAGUGGCACGUGACACGGUUUUGACCAAUUGGCAAACAGAAAAAUUGAACUUUGACACUAACUAUAUAACAAUCAAGUAUGUUAUCUGUUUUGCGGCGAAUUUUGUCACGAACCAAUAUAGCAUUGUUGAUUUACCCGAAAUAUUCGCUCAACAGAGUCAACUCUGUGAUUUUUGAUUUUCAUCAACUCUAAUUACAGUGGAAGCUCGCUUUACGGCCACCUCAUUAAUACGGUCACCUCCGGUUAUUCGCAUGGCCAUUUUCUGGCCCGGCAAAACUGUCAUACAUUUUCUUGUAAAAAUACCGAGUUAAUUCGGUCACCCGUUAAUAUGGCCAACUUUUGUGGCCCGUUGGUGGCCGUGAUUCCCCAUGAGCGUAUGGUCAUUUCAGGCUCAUCAAUUGUCAUUCAUGCAUUUAAGAUUAACAAAGAAUACGAUCGUUUUCGUCUAGACGAAUCGGAAUCGAAGUAAUUUGUGUCCGUGUUGUCUAAGAUAUACAAGCACUCAUACAACAUGGCUGCUGCAUGUAUUACAUACAUAUUCAUUUACUAGAUGCUUCAUUUUUCUUUAGGUCGACCUGUGAUUAAUUUCACUCGAUCAGUUUACGAUGUGAAUGAAGACAGGAAAGCAGUUGUUGGUAUAUAUGUUACACAGAAUAAGGUGAUUGCUCCUCUCACAGUUAGGUGCGUUAUUUUUCUCAUUUUUCUCAACUAUAUGUUUAGUGAACUCUGCCAAAGAUUGAGAAUUCUAGUUUACACAGCACCAUCAAAGUUUCUGUGAUCUCAGUAGGAAUUUUGCAUGGGUAAAUUCUUGAAGGAUUUGUAAGGAAUGUUUGAAGGAACUGAAUCAGUGUUUAACAGUGGGUCAGUUCUCUCAAACAUUUCUUACAAAUCCUUCAAAACUUAUAGAAUUUACCUUUGCAAAAUUCCUACUGUGAUCACAGAAACUUUGACAGUGUAAACCAGCCUUUAGUCAAUCUAAGCGAAGUUGAACAUGACUAGUCUCAUGCAAUGGUCAAUACGGCGGUGGUACCAUUGUCAGUUGGAAUUGACAUUGAAAUUCAACUGCAAUAAAAAAAUUUUAUUAUUAUAUUUAGUAUUAUUAUUUAUAUAUUAUUAGCAAUUAGUUAUUAUUGUAUAUACAAUAACUAAAAAAUUGCUAAUAUUUCUUGGACGGUGUAAUUCGUUCGGUUCGUGGGGUUUAGUUUCGCGCGAAUUUUGUGGCUUCUCGUGGUUGCGGUUAGUUCUUCUCCCGAUCAUGUUAAAGGUCGGCAAGAACCUCUAACAAAGGAUGACGUCAAAUAUAGUUAUUGUUAUAUUAACUGUAAACAUUUGUCAAGCAUGCAUUUAUUAUCUAAAACAAGCUUUUUCAAAACAAAAGAACAAUUUUUGAAUUUAUUUAGUAUCCAUGCAAGCCCAGCUACAGCAGGCAAUGGUGAUUUCUUCGCCACCGUUAAGAACGUGACAUUCCAGCUGGGGGAGACUCGAAAACAAAUCGAAAUUGAGGUGGUAGACGACCGGUGGGUCGAACCUACAGAGAGUUUUGUUUUAUCGUUGGCAUCUUCGUCCCCGGCGAUAUUGGGAGAACCUUCUUCAGUGAAUAUCAUUGAUAAUGAUGGUAAAUACUUUAAUUUAAGCUUUUCUGAUGUGUUAAUACGGUUUCGUGACAAUAAGUGAGUCAUCAUUAUCAAGAUUUUAGAUAGGUAUGCAAUCAUUCUUUGGUUAUAAAAAGAACAUGCUUUGAAAACUUUUAUCCAAGAUUUGAGUUAUCGAUCAAAAACCCAACACAUAAAAUCAUUGUCAAACGUAUUAACAGAUUAUCACCACUUUAUGUCUUGCGGUGUUGCACAUGUCCAUGCACUGGCUUCAUAUAGAGACCUUGACAUGUAGGACGGCAAAGCGACGACGACGGCCAAAACAAAUUUACCCAAAUAAAUGAUUGUAAAGAAAUCUUAUCGUAUAUUAUCAAUUGUAUGAACUUAGUACAGCUUGAUUAAGAGAUGAAAACAGAGGCUUUCUAUUGAGUAGAGUUCCACAUUAGUAUAUACCGAACCAAUUUUCUAAAUAUCCACUUCUUAUGCAAAAAAUAUGGUUUACCGGUUGUAUACAGAUCGUGGUCGACGUAUUAAUCUCUUGUGGGAUUUUAAUUAGUCAUUUCAUUUCUUAAAUAUUAUUAAUUUCAUUGUAUUGCUACCAGGUGAUCUCGUGUUCGUAUUUUAGCCAAUCAGCACUCAGAAAGGGUUGUCCGAAUAGAAAUCCAUUUUGAUGUAUUCAGUCAAUUAUAUCUUUCGUUAUUCUUUAUGAAACUAGUUGAAAUUUUGUAAUUAUGUUUGGUUGUGAGAACUAUACUCUGACAAAAAUAUGGAAUCGAAAUAAAGUAUAUUACAGGAGAUAUUCAGUUGUUUUAAUCAUAAAAUGGAUUUCUAUUUGACAACUAGUGCCAGUACUUUUCCGCGUAUCAAGAUUAUCUGGUAGCCGUCGUCGUCACGUUGCCGUCCCAGAUCUUAAGGUCUCUAUACUGUCCACGUUAGGUGUACCAGCUCAUUGUAGAAGAUAUUCUGCCAGCUUUUGAUUUUCUGUUUGUCUUUUCUUCAUUUGAAGUCGUCAUUAAUUUCACUCGAUCUGUUUACAACGUGAAGGAAAAUGAAGGAAAUGCGAAAGUUGGAAUUUCAGUAACAGAUGGUGCGGUGUCUAAACCAGUGACUGUAAG